GGCGGAGCUUGCCGCCGGCGGAGGGCGGGGUCUGCGCGGGGACUUCCCCUGGGCUGAUCUGCGUAGCGGGGUUUUGGCCAAAUUGGGCGAGGGCACAAAAUAACCACUUACCCCUUCUCACCGAGGAAGAGCGGGAGAAAGGGUAUGGCACAGUCACAAUGGUGGGUGAAAAGAUACCUCAAGGCCUUUUGUAAAGGGUUCUUUGUGGCGGUGCCUGUGGCAGUGACGUUCUUGGAUCGGGUCGCCUGUGUGGCAAGAGUGGAAGGAGCAUCAAUGCAGCCUUCUUUGAAUCCUGGGGGGAGCCAGUCAUCUGAUGUGGUGCUUUUGAACCACUGGAAAGUUAGGAAUUUUGAAGUACACCGUGGUGACAUUGUAUCAUUGGUGUCUCCUAAAAACCCAGAACAGAAGAUCAUUAAGAGAGUGAUUGCUCUUGAAGGAGAUAUUGUCAGAGAUGUGAGAAAACUGAAGAGAAUGUGAAACAGAAACUACUAAAUUAGUGACAAGAAUGGAAGCCUGAGAUGAUAAUAUUGUAACAAUCAGGUGUUUAAGCAAGCUUUAGUGAUGCCGUAUGUAUUGUACUUGCUGAUAAGUCAAGAACGAUUGUUGACAUUCAGCAAGUAAACAUUGUGUGGCAUGAUAUGUCUUGUGAUUGCUUUCUUUAAAUAUGUUGUAGCCAGGCCUAAACAAUGUUGUAACCAAAAUGCUUUCAAUACUACAUUUUGGAUGUUUUCUGACCUUGUUUUCUAAAAAAGCUUGAUCCUAAAUUAUUUGUAUUAAUGAUAGUACAUAUUAAUCAACCUCACUAAAAUGAACCUCAAACAGUUUUAGAGCCGAUUCUAGACCAGCAGUUCUCGCUGCAUGGCCAGAGGAUGCCAGAGGAUUCCCAAGACCCUUUUAGGGUCUGUGAGAUUAAAACUACUUUCCUAAUAAUUCUAAGGUGUUACUUGCCUCUUUUUCACUCUCAUUCUCUUGUGAGUGUACAGUGGAGUUUUCCAGAUUUGUGAUAUUGGAAUCGAUUGAAUGCAGGAGCAGAUAUGAGAAUCCAGCUGUUUUCUAUUAAGCCAGACACCAAAAAGAUUUGCAAAAAUGUAAACAAAUCAGUCUUUUUAUGAUCUAUUAUUUGCUUUUGGAAAAGAACUAUAUUUUUUAUUUAAAUCCUAUUGUUUUUGUUAAACUAAGAGUUUAUUACUGGUAUUUUAAAUUAAAUCAAUAAAUGAAAUUUUAAA